CAUAUUACUUGGCAUAAGUGAUUGUGGUAUGUAACGGUAUGGCGUUCUCCAUUCUCUAUUGGUCGAAUUAUACAGCUGGGACAGCAAAGUUGAUGCGUAAAUCAGAAACUGCCGUUCAGUCUGAACAUGUGUUAAAGUUUGUAUAUGACAGAGAUGCGCAGUUUAUUAGAGGAAUUGUUCAAGCCUCCAUGCGAGACCGGAGCUACCAGGUUACAAUAACUCUUGGUUCCAACUACACCGUAGAACAGAGCACAUGUGAAUGUGUAAAUGGGAUGGACAAAUGUCACCAUAAAGCCAGCAUUCUUCUCUAUGGGUACAAAAAUCUAAGCAAAACUGAUGUACGCCAGAGUUGGAUUAAACAUCCAAAGAGUGCACCACCUCGACAAACUAAAACUAUGGAAGACCUUUUUCCUGCACCAGACAGGUUUAUAAAUUACAGGGCAAUAGAUAGACCUGUUGAUGGCAAUGACAGAGACUUCUUGUACCAAAAGUUGAGACAAUCGGGAAGGUUUUCAGCCAUGCAUUGGAUUUUGGCACCAGAGCCACCUGUACCACAGGUAUGUGUACCAGUAAUUGACGACUUGUUGGCUAAUCAAGAGUUCCUGGCUGCAGAGCACCCCAUGACCUGGUUGCGACAGAAACUGAUUGUGAACGAUCAACAAAUUCAACAGAUUGCUGCUUUGACUGUUGGGCAAAAAGACAACUGUCUCUGGUCUACAGUUCGUAAAAAUCGUUUAACAGCUUCUAACUUUGGAUGUGUUCUGGCAGCAGUAAGAAGAAACAGAUAUCCAGCUUCGCUGUUCAAGCGCCUCUGCCAAGCAUACGACCUUUCAAAAAAAGAUGCUAUAAUUUGGGGUGUUUGUAAUGAAAGAGUUGCCAUAGAUAAGUACAGGUCAUAUGGAGAUGCAGUAGUAGAACCAACAGGCAUAUGGCUCCACAGUAAUGGUGUACUGGGGUGUAGCCCUGAUGGGAUUGUACGUCGGCCAGCUGCGUUUGGAUUCCAUCACCAAUCUCCACCUCUGAUUCACAUAAUGCAGGCAUGCAAUAUUCGGCCUACGGUACUAGAAGUAAAGUGUCCAUAUACAGCCAAAGAGAAGACAAUUUCUGAAGCAAUUGACACCAUUGAUGAUUUUUGCUUAGAAUUUCAAGAAUUUUGUGGAGAGAGAACGUACAAGUUAAAGGAGACCCAUCCGUAUUAUGAUCAAAUUCAAGGACAAUUAUUUAUAACUGGGAAACAAGCCUGUGAUUUUAUGGUUUGGACACCGAAAGAUUGUGCCAUUGUGAGGAUUACCCAGGACCCUGUUUGGCAGACAAACAUUUCUGUUCUUACUGACUUUUAUUUCCAUAGAUUUAUACCACACUUACAGCAGUAAUCCUUCAUGUAUACAUGCUAGUUAGUCAUGUAUAGCAUGCAAGCCAUGUUUGAAGAGUAAUAUUGAAUGUCAAUAUCUGCAAGUUAAUC